AUGCCGUCCGGCGGCCUCUUGAGCCAGAGCGGUCUCAGCAUUAUCCCCGCCGGCCUCGCCAGACCCGGCAGCCGGGAUCCCGUCCACAGCGUCGUUGGUGGCAUCCAUAGCUGGAUCCGUCUGGCCGACUUCGUCCAAGGCAACGGCUCUGCGCGGAUUUGCAGCGUCGACAUCGGAUUCGGCCAAGUUAACGGCGGACCUCCAGACGACUUUUGGCGUACGCUCGUGGCCGACAGAGGGCGGGACAGCCGGAACCCGCCAUAUUACUACAAGCAGGCGUGCAAGGAGUCCAUAUACAAGGGCGGCCUGCGGGGCGGGUCCGUGAACACAUCGGACCUGAUCAACAACGGGCGCAACUCCAUCGUCGCCCAGUUCUGCCGGCGCGUCCAAGCCGUCAUCUGGAACCGAUCAAUGGUGAAGACGGACCAAGGGAACCUCGGCAUCGCGGCCAAGGGGGUCAGGCAGGGCGACCUUGUGUGCAUCCUAUACGGCUGCAGCGUCCCCGUUAUACUUCGCGAGAGGCAAAAAUCGCAAGAGGAACAGGACGAGAAUAGCGGGGAGGAAGAGAUGAUGCAAGACGUCAAGAAGAUAAUGAGGCGCGGCAUGGCGACAAUGAAGAGCAACAGGAGGCGCAAAACCGCAUACAAGGGCAUCCCCGAGCUUCGCCAGGUGUCACGCAACGUCUACUACGAAUUCUUGGGCGAGUGCUAUAUCCAUGGCAUGAUGGACGGCGAAGCCAUGGCUCGCAAGGCGAACUCUGAAGAGGCGGAACUCGAAAAAUGGGACCAGUUCACCCUUUUUCGCAAGGAGCAAAAGGAACAGGCAUCAACGGGCGAGCCUGAAGACGCGAAGAAGAGGGCGAGCAAGAUACCAGAGGAGCUCAGGAAGAAGGCGAAGGAGGUGCAGGACGAGAUCGCCAAGCGCACAGAGUAUCACCAAAAACGCAAGGCGACGUACGAGGGGAAGCUGCAGGAGUGGGAAGAGCACGACAAGCGCAUGGAUCCUAGGGUAUAUCACGCCAAGCCUGCGAACUCGUGCCCGAUAGCCACCCGCCGGACCACAGUAGCCUCGACCUCGGGCCUGUCAAGCAGGGGGGUUUUACGGCAGCCCACUCUGAUGGCCAGCGACGACGGCCUGGGGGCCCAGCCAGCGCGUGACGAGAACGACGGGGAUGACGACGGGGACACGGGCGGCGGGGGCACCCUCAUCGGCGGCGGCAGCAGCAGCAGCAACGGCACCAGCCGCUCGAGCUACCGCACGGCCAAGACCGGCAUGAAGAGCCCCGAGCCGCUCCACCCGAAGCACUUUGGCGGCAUAGACCAGGUGCGGGAAGAGCUGAUGGAGUGGGCGGAGGUGAAAAAGGCGCCCGAGCGGCUGCGGAAGCGAGCCGAGGCGAGGCCGGAGGAGCAGGCCGAGGCGGACGGGUGGGACUUUUUCAGGGACAAGAUGCUGUGCGACACCAUCUUCGAGCUGAGGUAG